GGCGAAGGUGCUAGAAACGGCCAUCUGGGAAGCUGCAAUGUGGCCAUGGUGACCCGUGAUAUGACUCGUGCAACCGGCGGUGACCCAUGUCAGGCACACCGAACCUUGAGACCCCACAGAGGCCAAUAUCUGCUACUGUGUGUGACACACCACCUCUAAAAACGGUCAAGCGAUCAGCUAGAGCGAAGUUGUUCAUGACACCUACAAAGGAUGCAAGCAAAAUGGAAGAAGAGAACCAAAGCAUGAGCAGCACAUCUCCAAGUGAUGGCGAUGAUGAGCUGCUCGGUUUCCUUCCAAAGUCCCUCUUGCAGUCGGUAAAGGAGAAGGAGAAGAGAACUUUAGAGGAGAAGGAAACAGGCUAUGCAGACCAGGUUCAGCGGCAGAAGCUCAUAUCAUGUCUGCCAAGCACCUUUGACAUUAUCUUCCUUAUCUAUCAGUCGAGGCAGCGAACUGUACUGACAAAGCAGGAGCUCAUCCACAAGAUCAUCGAAAGUAACCCAAAGAUCGUGGACAAGGGUGAAGUCGAAGAGCAAGUGAGACUGCUGCUAGAGUUUGUUCCAGAGUGGAUCUCUGAGAAGACUGCAAGAAAUGGAGAUGUUCUCUGCUGCGUCAAUACUGAACUGAGCCAGUCUGAGGUUCGACAAAGGUUGUCCGGUGUCGAGUAGGGAGGAGCACAAAAUUGUUUCUCCUUGUUUAGAAAUGUAGCGGUGUAUCAGUGCAAGGUUGCGCCUAGAUGCUGGAAGAUGCUUAGUUGUCGAAGUUGAUGCUCAAGUUCAGACAC